AUGAAUACGGUACUUGGAGUGUGGGUAAUUGUUACAGUGCCUAGCAUCAUGAUGGUAAAUCCAGAUUUGCCUGAGAUAAUAUCUUUCAGAGAAAAGUUGCCAACUGAUGGGUUAACUUUAACUUACACUCACCCUAAUCAGUUAACUGUGGUUAAUUCGAUAUCAGUUAGAGAUGAUUUCAUCCUCCAUAGUCCAAGAAUGACUAUAAAUGAAAUCAUCAGUGCAUCCGAGGUUACCAAAUGUGUGACCAUGUGUACAAUUAUGUCGAUUGAUACAGAGUUUGGUUGGUACUAUAUGGCACAUAAAUCAUGUGCCAAGAAAGUUCUUCCGCAUGACAUGGAAGCAAUGAAGGACAAAUAUCCAGGGAGGUCUUUCAAAAAACCGUUAUGGAAAUGCGAGAAAUGCAAUAAAGAUGUUGAUGAUAUUGUCCCAGCGUUUAUGUUGACAUUUCGUGUGAUGGAUGAUAGUGGUGAGACAAAGUUUUUGCUUUUCGAUAAGGAAGCAAUGGAAGUAGUCAACCAAACCGCUGCACAACUGACACAAUCAGUUGAUGAGGUGCAGGAUCCAAGUAUCCUACCUUUGGCAUUGACUAAUAUAUGUGGUAAAAUAUACCUAUUCAAGAUUUCUAUUCAAAGUUCAAAUAUUGUCUUCAACAACCCUUCUUACAAAGUCGUAAAGAUUGUUACUCAAAGUGAUAUUGUCAAAAAGUUCUCUGAAGUUUCUGCAAAUCAGAAGACUCCUGAUGCUCAAGGCAUACCACGUAGCCUCAUGUGGGUUGACGAAAAGGUACCUAUUCUCAAUAUUGAAGGUGUUGAUGAAGACGCAACUCCUACUUCGAAAAGGAAAUCUACAGAAUCCAUUGAAGGUGUUGAUAAUAAAGAUCAGCAAUCCGUGUCCAAAAAAGGGUGUAUAAGCAAGAAACAACCUCAUGACGUCAAAAUAAUCAAGAAAGAAAAGGAUGCUUAG